AUGGCAGUAGAUCUUGAAGAUAAGGAACCAGUUUGGCUUCAAAUAAUUAAAAUGAUUUUUUGCUGGUAUAUUUGGGAAAGAUUUUUUGAUUGUAUUAAAGGUUGUUGCUGUUGUUUUAAAUCUGAUGACGAUAAGGAUAAGGAUAACUCAUUUCUUAAGAGCAUAAUGACCACAGGAGCCUUUAUGAUUCCCGGUAUUAUUUAUGCACUUGUUCAUAUAUUUAAAUGGCUUGAACUUACGGAUAAAUAUGAUAAAUUGAAGGAAGAAAAUAUAGGGAAUAAAGCUUAA